AGUCGUUCUGGUUCAUUUGGACAGGACUGAACUGUAGUGAAGCUCUCUCUCUCUCUCGAAUUCUCUUUCCGUGAUCCUUCGUCUUUCUGGGUUUUCAUUGCACCACCCCCAUCGCUUCUUCUCCCCUCCUUGGUCUGCACCUCUCUGCCUUUCUUCGUCCUUCUUUUUUUCUUUCGUCCAUGAGUCGGAGCUGCGAACGGGUAUCCUCAACGACUUUGGCCUCGUGGCUGUGACGAGGAGGACUUCAUCUAGGUGCUUGGGGUGUCGCGGGGAAGGACAACUUUAGUUUGCUCUUGGGUUCGGCGAGGGGUUCGACUCGUCUUCACGGAAAAGUGCAGCUGGUGUGAGGCAGAGGAGCUGAUUCCUCUUAAUCGGUAAGAUCAGUAAAUUACUCAAAUAAGAUGGAUUUCGGAACAAAAGGGGCUUGAUUUCUUGGACUUGAGUGAGAACCAGCUUGAAGGUUGAAGCCCAAUUUACUACACACCGAUUUUGGUUUGUCUCUCUAUUCCCCUCCUCUCUCUGUUAGCUGCAUCUCUCUCUACACAAUUCAGAUUUUGCAGUGGGGAAGAGGCAGAAGUGGAGGUUUAGCAAUGGACGAAGAGAACAUACUGAAAUUCGUGACAGCAUACCUGAAGAAGAAAGGUUUCAAGCAAACCGAGCAUGCUUUCCAGGAAGAACUUCACCAUAAUAAGACCACUCACAAUUCCUCUUCUCCGAUUUCUUCUACUUCCCAAUUCGAUGCCGAUAUCGCCAAGCAGCUUCUCUCCUUUUCCGAAUCGGAGAUUGGUCCAGUACGAUAUCAGGAUGGGUACAGCAAGUUGAGGUCAUGGACAUAUAGCUCCCUAGAUUUGUACAGGCACGAGUUGCUUCGCGUUCUAUAUCCGGUGUUUAUCCAUUGCUUUAUGGAUCUAGUUGCAAAUGGUCAUAUUCAAGAAGCUCGGGCAUUCUUCAAUAGCUUUCGUGAAGACCACGAAAUGAUGCACUUACGCGACCUUCAGAAAUUGGAAGGAGUUCUCUCUCCAUCUCAUUUGGAGGAGAUGGAAUUUGCUCACUCUCUUAGACAAAGCAAAGUCAAUAUAAAGAUUUGUCAGUAUUCCUAUGAGCUUCUUCUGCAAUUUCUGCAUAAGUCUCAAUCUACCACUGUACUUGGUAUUAUCAAUGAGCAUAUCAACUUUCAAGUUUCUCCUGGACAGCCCAACUCAAUUUCUGAUGAUGCGGAGGCUGUUACAUUGACUUGCAGCAGCCAGGAUGCAGUCAGUCAGAUUAAUCAGAAGGAAAUACAUUGGGGGUUGCUGGAAGACUCUUUGGAAGAACGCUUGGAAAAGACUGGUGGUUUGCUUUCUGAUUCUGAAAAGGCAGAAGGAGAAACUAAAGAGUCGGAGUGGGAGGAAAAUAAGGAUAUUUAUUUGGCAUCCACUCUUGUGAUGCUUAAUAUCAACUCGUGUGUUCAGAAAAGAUCAGCAGAAGGAGGAAAGCAGGGCUCAUCAGUUAAAAAGCUGAAAAAAGACAAGGCAACGGGAGCAACAGGGAAAGCCACUCGUCCUGAGACAAACAUUGUAACUAUGGCACCAAGAGUCAAACCAGAGCUUCCUUUGCCUACAAUUUCAGUAGAGGUCGAGCAGUCUAUACUUGAUGACUUGAGAAACCGUGUACAGCUGAGCAGUGUUGCUCUGCCAUCCGUUAGUUUUUAUACAUUUAUCAAUGCACAUAAUGGUUUAAACUGUUCAACUAUAUCCCCUGACGGGUCAUUGGUUGCUGCUGGGUUUUCAGAUUCAUCGCUGAAGAUUUGGGAUAUGGCAAAGCUUGGGCAACAGGCUGUUGGUUCUGUUUUGCAGGGUGACGAUGAUGCAAAUCCAAAUGAGUUUGGUUCAAAUGGAGGAAAAAGACCCUAUACCUUAUUUCAGGGGCACUCAGGACCAGUUUAUUCAGCUUCUUUUAGUCCUAUGGGAGAUUUUAUACUUUCCUCUUCAGCCGAUUCAACAAUUCGGUUAUGGAGCACUGAACUAAAUGCAAAUCUUGUUUGCUACAAGGGUCAUAAUUACCCAGUAUGGGAUGUACAGUAUAGUCCUGUAGGACACUAUUUCGCUAGUGCAUCACACGACCGGACAGCAAGGAUAUGGUCUAUGGAAAGAAUACAACCUUUGCGAAUAAUGGCAGGGCAUUUAUCUGAUGUUGAUUGUGUGCAAUGGCAUGCCAACUGCAACUACAUUGCCACUGGUUCUAGCGACAAAACAGUUCGACUGUGGGAUGUCCAGAGUGGGGAAUGUGUCAGAAUAUUCAUUGGUCACAGGAGCAUGGUCUUGUCUUUGGCAAUGUCAUCUGAUGGUCGUUAUAUGGCUUCUGGUGAUGAAGAUGGUGCAAUAAUGAUGUGGGAUCUUUCAAGUGGCCGAUGUGUUGCGCCUUUGAUGGGUCACACUUCGUGUGUGUGGACUCUUGCUUUCAGUGGUGAAGGUUCGGUUCUUGCAUCUGGGUCAGCUGAUUGCACUGUGAAACUAUGGGAUGUAUCAACAAGCACAAAAGUCUCAAAGACUGAGGAGAACAAAAGCGGGAAUACAAGUAGACUUCGAUCGCUGAAAACUCUACCUACAAAAUCUACCCCCAUCUAUAGUUUGCGGUUUUCUCGGAGAAAUCUUUUAUUCGGAGCUGGGGUCCUUUCCAAAGCUGUAUGAGAUAAUUUUUUUUCAUCUCUUUUUAGCUCUGGUGCAAUCACCAGGUCUAGAUAGCGUACAAAUUUGUUGUAUUAUUAUUAUUUCAUUUUCUAGUUAAAUGGGAACGUAGUCGGGUGGUUCAACAGGCAUCGAGAAUGAGAAAAAGCCAUUUGUAAAUCUAACUGCCAUUAUUGAACUAUGAAAAUAACUCGCAUAAGUGAAACUCAUUUACAUAAAGGACACAUCAGAACGCAUAAUUGAUUACUGAAAUGUACCAUACAUUCAAGUUUUUCAUGCAAUGACACUUGAUUAGUUUAGUCAAAGUACCAUCAGUUUAUA